AUGGGGAAGAACUCAACUACUUCUUCAGUUGACAACCCCAUACCCAAGACCUCGUCACGGUGCCUGACAAAGUACGCCACCUCAACCCACGACUUUGAGGUGAUUAGGUUCUCACUGCUCGAGGGCAUGGGUGCCGGUAAGUUUGUUAGCUCGAGCACAUUCACCGUCGGCGGCUACGGCUGGAACAUCAUGAUGUACCCUGAUGGGUGGAGCGAGGAGCACAAAGAUGCCUACAUGUCGGCCUUCUUAUGUUUCUGCAGCGGGACAACAGGAGUGAAGGUGAAAUUCACCUUGAGUCUAUUGCAGAAAGAUGGAAAAGUUAGUAACCUAAAAAAGAGGGCGACACAUACCUUUCAGUCGGUAGGUGGUUACUGGGGCUGGAGCACAUUUGUUGAGAAACCCAAGCUGCAAGAACUGCUAUCCCGCAACGACGACUGCUUCACAAUCAGGUGCGUUUUGACCAUCCUCAAAGAGCCUCGCACGGAAGAUGUAAGCACAGCCAUAGUCCCAGUCCCAAAGUCAAACCUGCACAAACACUUUGCAAGCAUGUUGAAGGAUGGGGAUGGCAUGGAUGUGACAUUCAGUGUCGGCGAUCAACUCUUCAAUGCCCACAGAUGUGUGUUAGCUGCACGAUCCUCGGUCUUCAAGGCCGAGCUUUUUGGUCAAAUGAAGGAGACCACCAUAAAAUGCAUCAAGAUUGAUGACAUGGAACCUGCCAUAUUCGAGGCACUUCUUCACUUCAUCUACACAGAUUCCCUGCCAAGGAGUUCUGAACUUGAUCAGAAUGGGGCAUUACAGCACUUGUUGGUUGCCGCAGAUCGGUAUGGACUGGACAGGCUAAAGGCUAUUAGUGAAGUGAAGCUAUGCCAGAGAAUUGAUGUGCAAACAGUUGCAACCACCCUAGCUUUAGCGGAGCAGCACAACUCUGUGCAACUCAAACAUGCUUGCCUUGGAUACCUGUCUUCCUUGGAUGUGCUUCGAGUUGUCAAGGAGACUGAUGGAUUCAAGCAUCUCACAGCAAGCUGUCCAUCGAUUAUAAUGGACAUUUUAGACAAGGUCGCCGCACCAUCAGGAGUCUGA